AAAUUAUGAAGCUCAAGCAUUAAAUCUUGUUUUAGAAUUAGUUUUACAGUCUAACCGAAGCAAUGCAUUAGCUUUCAUAGUCCGCUGAAAUUUUGUGCAAGCUGGAAAAGUUUCUAUUUUAAUAUAAUUUGAAAUUUACAACCAGUGUAAAGCAAGAACGUGUAGAUUCUGUUAUGGCGAAAAAUUUUAGAACCAGAGUUAGCUGUUGUACUAAAAAUGCGCUUAAACAAUUGACAUGUCAGGGGAUCCGAAAGCUCAUCAGAUGGAAAGCGACAGUAUUCUUCGUCACACUUCUUGUGCCAAUAUAUGCAGGAGGAGGAGAAGAAGAAAAAGGAGUUGAACAACACUCUUCGGAUGAGUUUUUAAGAUACGAAAUUAUAGAGCCAGUUUUACUAUACGGACGAAGUAGUAGAGUUAUUUUAGGCACACAAAUGGAGGACGGUCAACACAUCAACGAGUUGAUACUACGUUAUAGCUAUGGUAAAAAUGAUGUGAUAAUAGACUUAAAAUUAAACCACAAUUUCAUUCCACACAAUCACUUUAUGAGAUACCAAUUACCAAAUGGUACCGAUGCUGUUCAACAUUUUACUAAGACUGAUGUAGAUUUGUGUCAUUACAAAGGCACAAUUAGAAAUAAUGCCGCAUCUUACGCAGCAAUAUCCACGUGUAAUGGAAUAAAUGGUGUGAUUUGCGAUGGGAACGAAACUUAUUACGUCGAUACGAAUCACAGGGGAGACAAGCACUAUUUGUACAGACACUCUGAUAGGAUGCAAAAUCAGUCAAACAAUUUCACUUGUGGACAUGGUAAACAUGAUAUCGGAACAUUCAUGAAUGAGAAUUUCAAACUUGGCCGGAAGAUGAAACGAUCAACCGAUGGCACAAUAAAAGGUCCGAGUAAGGCCAACAGACAGUCGCUAUUCGUGGAAUUUGUUUUAGUUGUGGACAAUGCAAUUUACAGAGACUUCGGAAGAGAUUUAAAAAAAAUUCACAAAUACUGCAAGGACAUUGCAAAUGUUGUGAAUGCUCUCUAUGAAUCGUUAAAUAUCUUCAUUAUCUUGGUGGGAGUGUCGAUAUGGAAUGAGAAAGAUAGAAUCAAUUUGUCAAGUGAUUCCAGCAAAACAUUAGAAGAAUUUCUGACACAUCGUCGAGAAAUUUUAAUGCUAGAACAUCCAAACGAUAACGCACACUUAUUGACGAAUCAGAAAUUUGAGAGAAGUGUUAUAGGACAUGCAAUCCUGAAUGCGAUGUGUACUCAUAAAAGUUCGGGAGGAAUUACACACAAACACAGUCCUAGCACCAGUAUUGUUGCUUCAACGAUUGCCCAUGAAAUGGGACACAAUUUUGGUAUGUACCAUGACACAGAACAAUGCGAGUGUCAGUCACCGCCCUGUAUCAUGGAAUAUACCACUUCUAAUGCGGUCGCCUUUAGCUGGAGCUCAUGCAGUAAGGAAAAAUUGAAUCUAGCCUUUGAUCGCGGACAGCUGCAAUGUUUGCGAAACAAGCCGACCGCAUUAAUUAUGAAUCCAGAAUGUGGAAACGGUUUCGUUGAACCUGGCGAACAAUGCGACUGUGGUUUACCCGAAUACUGUGAAAAUUUGUGCUGCGAUGCGCAUACUUGUAUGCUUCAAUCCAAUGCAUCUUGUGCAACUGGUGAAUGCUGUGAUUUGACUACUUGCCGCAUGCGACCUGCGGGAACCGUCUGUCGACCAAGUGACGGAGAGUGCGAUUUGCCGGAGUACUGCACCCACGGAACAGAAUACUGUCCAGAAAACCGUUACAAACGUGACACUGAAUUGUGCGAUGAUGGAAAUGCAUAUUGCUACGAAGGCGCUUGUCGAUCGCACUCUAAUCAGUGUAAAUUGUUAUGGGGCCAAUAUGCAGAGUCUGUGGAUGAAUGUUAUGGCAAUAACGUCAACGGAGACAUGUGGGGAAAUUGUGGCAAAAAUUGGCCGGAAAAUUCAUUGAAAAAAUGCUCUGAUGAAGACAUUUUAUGCGGUCAACUACAAUGUCAACCAACUGACGACGACCAUGAGUUGAAGAGUUCCUAUAUAGAUGUGCGACGUGGUUAUUCACCGGUGUAUCCAUAUUUCCCCUGCCAAGCAGUCGUCUUCGAUCUUGGCUUGCACAACGUUGAUCCGGGACUAUCUCCGAAUGGUGCUAAAUGCGGCGAAGGGAAAAUCUGUGUACGACAGAGAUGUAGAUCAAUCGAAAGUCUACGGUUCAAAGGCAUUGGUGUUAAUUGUCCGGAAAACUGCAAUGGACACGGUGCGUGCGACAAUAAAGGUUACUGUCAUUGUGAAACUGGCUAUCUACCGCCACUGUGUAAGUCAGAUAGCAGUGGAUCAGCUACUAGUCUCGAUGAUGGACUGCGAUUUGUACAGGUCAUGUAUGCUAUAGUAAUGGGUGUGUGGUGCCAAUAUUUGUAAUUUUUUUAAAUUUCAAAUGUAAAGGAAGAGUUUCGAAUUUAAGAUACACACAACUGACAAAGUGUUAUUACAUAACGACAACAGGCAGACCACCGAAGUAUUUUUCAUUUAUUCAACAAUAAAACAAAACAAAUAUUAUUAAAGAGAUUGAUCCGAUGUCUCUUAUAGUUCCUAUAAUGAUCUUAGAUAGAUAAAAAAAUUGGGAAUGUUCAAAACAAAAACUGCAUGCUCGAACGCUUCAUCUCAAGCGGUAGUAGAUUCCGAUUUGCUAUUAGUUUUCGAAAUAGAGUCCUUUACUUAUCAUAACAUUUCAAAUAGGAACACAGCUAAAAAAACAGUACAGCACGACAACCCUUUCCGCACGCAUCAGUCACAGUUAUUUGAAAACAAAGUAGGAAACAAAAUCUGCUACUUCAUUAGUUUAAACAUAAAUUUUGCGAUAAAGGGAGCACUGGUUAGAGCUUAUCACUUAUUUUGGCCGUUAUUGUCGAUAGCAUAUGUGACCGUUUGAAGA